UUUCUGUAUGACGAGUGAGGUCUGUCUUCCACAUUCUCAGGUCGAGCACUUUACGCCCCUUGGUCAGAAAAGCUUCUGCUUCCCGCCAAGCAGGCAAUCAUUGCUUCUAUUUGCACUCCAUCUUAGUCUUCUCGGCUUUAAUACAAAUACAUGCCUCUGCUAAUCAGCCAUGCAUGCGUGCGAACGAUGCUACUCGCGUAAGACCAAGUGUGAUCGUCGACUACCAGAGUGCGGCUCGUGUAUAAAAAGCCGUUCUUCAUGCCAGUACCCAAAUAAACGUCGAGAUCGACAGCUGCAGCAGGAGUAUCUAAAAUCGCUCGAGGUGCGAUUGAAAGAGCUAGAGAAAGAAAAUGAGCAACUCAGAGGAAGGGCUUCUUCGCAGGUAGAAGACCUUGAUAUAUCAGUUAAUGUCCUCCAGUCGCAUCAAUCAACACCCAAUACCGAUCAACGCGCACCAAAUCAGCUCGAUGUUGCUGAAUCCCAUGAUGCUUGGGCACAGCAAUCACCGGAGCAAGCAGCCGGCUCUCUUCAGCGAACGCCCGGCGAAGAAGCCCGCUAUCUUGGUUCAAGUAACGGUGUAGAUUUCGUCGAUGUCGUCGAGCGGGUUGUUGAUUCUUCCCAUACUGCCAGCGGCCUGUUUGGACGAGUUAGUGAUAGCCAUCGAAUGCUCGAUAGAGUCGCAUUUCCUUCCAUCCCUCAAACCGCAAGGUUAGUAGACCAGGAAGUGGCGAUGCCAUUGAUCAACUCGUAUUUUGCCCAUUGGCACCUCAUAUUUCCACUACUCUACCGGCCUGGAUUCAUGCAAAUGGUACAAAACAUAUAUUCCGACCCGCAUUUCUAUCAGCAGAACACUGCCUGUGCCUUCGCCUUCGAUAUUGUCUUGGCUUUGGGCUCUGUUCCGUCAAAGAGAGUCGAAUGGAGUUAUCGCGAUGUAGAGUCUCAUUUCGCCAGAGCGCUGAUCCGCCUGAACGAGGUCUCUAGCCUACAUGAUAUACGAUCAUUACAGGCAUUGUUAUUAUAUUGUAUAUAUGGAAUUCAUGCCAGUCUGCGUGAUACUUCUAGUGAAAUGUGGGAGGUUCUUGGAAAAGCCACUCGUUUAUGCGUGGAAAUCGGCUUGCAUCAUAAGAUUUCGAGAGAUCUGCCCAGAUGCCAGUUGCAUGUCACUGGCCCCAUACCUGUCUCCGUUCAAGUGGAAAUGCAACGUCGAUGCUUUUGGUGCUAUCAUAACCUGGAAAGAAUUGUGAGCAUCUCCCUCGGACGCCCCCUUGCUCUUCAUGAUGAUGAUAUCCAUGUACGAUUACCAUCUGCCGCAGAUGAUGAGGCUCUCGAUAAAACUUCCACAAACACAUUUUCAUCUUCGCAGGCCACAUCUCCUUUUCUGAUGCAUAUUCUACUACGCAAGAUUCAAUCUAAAAUACAUCGAUUCAUGUAUACCAGUCGGUCUGUACAGGUACUUCCCCUCCAUGAGCGACAAGCCAUUAGAAGGGAGCUUUUCAAUGAGCUUCAAGACUGGCGAAAAAAUAUCUCUCUUCUUCCGCUACCCCCAGCUGAUAGCCUUUCCGCCAUCACAUGCUCCUACCUACAUCCAAGCUGGUAUCAGGCUUUAUAUCACAGUGGCUGUCUCCAGCUAUUCCGACCAUCCGCAACAUUUCCAGCAACAGAGGGGCUUGAGUCAUAUGAAGAUAUGGAUGAUGUUCUGCAGAUUAUAUGGAACUCAUCUCGUCUUGUAUUAGCCAAGUAUUUCGAACUCUUGUGUGAUCGUCAUUUGAAUUAUUCGUGGGUUUGCCUAUAUACGAUUUUCAUCGCUGGUCUGGCCAACGUGUAUAGCGUUGGAUGUUGCGCACAGAGACGAAAGCGGGGAAUUAUGGCUUUUCUACCAUCUUUUUUUGAUGUCGUAUCCGAUGUUCGCGACUGCUCCAAUAUUUUGACGGCAAUCUGUGAAAGAUGGGGCGAUGCACGAGGUUCCUGUGAUAUUUUCAAUCAGCUAAGCAUGAGUGCUCUGAAAGGGCUUGUUGCAACGAGCUUCCACCAGAAAACUGACAAGACUGCACCAGUCUCUAGAAAUAAUCAAACAAUCAUAGAGCCUCAAUCAAUGACCUCUGCUAAUGGAGAAAUGCGAGACUCUGCGGUUAACGGUCGUCGUUUGACACCACAGACACUUCCUUCGCCAGGGUAUUCCGGCCUUGAUCAAUAUACAAGCAACUCUUUUGCACCAUUUGAUCCAAUUGUUGAUUUUCAACAGAUGUUUCUAGAAAUGCAAGAAACGAUUAGUACUAGAGGACAGGUGGAAACUGAUGAAGUCAUGUUGGGCUUUUCACAAGAGUGGUUCGAAAGAUAGCGACAAAUUCUUUGUGAGAAAAGGAAAUUGUAUUUCUAUAUAAAGUUUAAUAUUCAUUUCAAAAGCACCCACAAUAUUGA